ACACAUGUACUGUCCAUGAACGAGAACUCUGUCCGGACCCAAAAGGCCAUAAGGAGUUGUUACUGUGAUUUUUGUAUUUCGCACUUAAACAAACCAAAGCGACUAUGUGGUAAACAGAACAUUUUAUCGCAUAUUAUGAUUUACUGGAAAAAGCAUAUUUAGCCAGUAGUGAAGAGUACAAAGAAAAUGCUCCACAGACAGGAUAAUAAUAGAAAUAGCUGUUACAAUUAGUCAGAACACGGUACAGUCUUCCAGCAACCUGCAGAUCGUCGUGGGUUUCCCUUGAGCUAUGUGUGAAGGAGCAAUGUGGUAGAAAAAUACCCCUCUGACCCUAAGAGGGCAAAUCACAAGAAACACAAAAUUAACUGAACAUGGCCUAACUCUGGUUUUGCUGUGGUUAACAUAAAAUGGCCCCAGCUUCAACAAUGUGUUGCAUGAAUUUGAAGCUGGAUUUCCACAACUGCUCAGUUUACAAGAAGCCCCAGAGUAAGGUAUUUCAAGUAUGUGAGGUGUUGCAUGUACGGCAUAGAGCAAAGGUUAAAGCCACAGUUAAGAAAGGGAUUUCAACUUCAAAGGCACCAUCUACAAUUACAAGUCUCACAAAUCUGUAAAAACCUGUGUCACAGAAAGGUGGGCACAUUUGAGAUCAUUUCCCGCCUGAAUCCGAUUCAUGGGUAGAUUGACGAUCUGGUCAAUUCUAUACAUACCUGAUGUGUCAAAAUUGUAGAAGUAUUUUCCAAGAAUUUGAUUUAAGAAUUUGCUCUAUUUAGAAAUUUAGUGAUUUCUCAACAAAUACUUGUCCAGUGUUACAUUUGACAUAUACAUGUAGCUUAUGUACAGACAAGACAAGUAAAUGUAAACAUGAUAAAGUUUGUUUUGUAUAAAUUUUCCCAGCCUUUAUGGCUUACGCCCCAGAUUGCCAUUUAAUUUUGUGAUAGUUCAUCAAUAGUCUAUCGGAAGAGUGAAGUCUAUUUAACAUGUAUGUACGUGUAUUUGCUACAAAGUACUCGGUCUGUAAUCUCUGUAUUUGCUGUAAUGUGUUUCAGGAACUGUUAACAAGGGGUAGACAACAAAAGCUUAUCACCAUGGCUGAUGUUGAAAUGACUGAGACAGUUGAUGAUGUGGCCAAAGUGAGUGAUCCUGUGGAGAAUCGGGAUGAACAGGCAGAGCGUUUGGUUGAAGAGAUUAUAGGAAAUGAUGUACCAGAUUCUACCUCCACCACUGAAGUAAAAGUAUCGGAGGAGAUGGAGCAAGACAACGGAAAUGGAACGGAUGAAAAGGAGGAUAAAACUGAGAAAGGUGAUGGGGGUGAGGAAAAAGAUGGUGAUGAGGAGGAAGGAGAUAGUGAUGCAGAGAAAGGAGAUGAUGGUAAUUCAGGAGAUGAGCAGCCAGACGGAACAGAGGGGAAAGCCAAAAAGAAGAGAAACAAGAAUGCUCAUGUUAUCUAUGUGUAUCCUGUGAAAUUGAAGGACUUGGUCCAGCCAAAGCUCAGCGACUUUCUGGCCACCUGUUUUUUCUACAGCAUACAUUUUGUUGAAUGCUUUCAGAAAGGAAAAAUGGGAGUGCUUGAAGUGAGGUUUCAGGGAGACAAACCCCCAAAUCUGGAAGAGUUACAGACUCUCUUGAACAACUUUAAGGUGGAAAGUGGUCAGUGUCCUACCCUACGACCAUGGACCCUUGCGGAUGCCAAAAAAAAUAAAUUGGCAGCCUGGAAAGAGGAAAAUGAAGCCCCCACUCCUGAAGGUGAUCAGGAGGAAGCUACAGUGUAUAUUGAAAACCUUCCUCCAGUUGCCAGGCCGGAAAUGCUGAAAUUCCUCUACCCAAGAGCUACCCAAGUUGAGAUCCCCACUGAUACAUCAGGAGAGUCCCUGGGUCACGCGCUGCUGAAGUUUGCCACCACUGAAGAAGCUAAAGCUGUUGUGAAGAAUGCUGCCAUUUACAACCCCAAGAUAGGGAAGAGGUACCUGGCUGUGAAGUUUAUGGAUGCAGAAGGACAAAUUCAUGAGGAACCAUUGUUCAAGGGAUUUGAUUUGGAGGCAGAAGAAAGGAAGAAUAAGCAUAGGAGAUAUGAAACCCAGGAAAGUUAUGACGAUGGAUGGAGGGAUCGUAAGAAGAAGAGCAGGCCCCCAAAACACAUGAGGAAACUCUUGGCUGCUCAAAAGGAAAAAGAAGCUGAAAGUGGCAAAAGUGAGGGAAAUGAAAAAGACAAAGAGGGUGAAGCAGGUUACGAAGACAGUGCUGCAGCCAUGGAGGAGGAGGAGGAAGAGGAAAACCAGGGGUACUGGGGACCUGCAGGUGGAGGCUGGGGAAAUGAGGAGGAAAUGCAGGACUACAGGAACAGUCGUCAAAAUCGUAGAAAUGACCGACCAUGGAGGAGAGAUCGAGACAUGCCAGACUGGCACUCGCACCAACCUGACCGUCGGCGAGGUCGGCCGUUUGAGCGGGACUUUGGUUGGCAGCCACCUCGAGGCUUUGGUCGGGGAAGGCGAGGCCGAGACCAUCGCUUUGACCCUUGGAAUAGCUAUGGGGAGGAGUAUGAAGGGCCACCGCCACCUCAUUUCCGAGGCAUGCGCGGUGGAUUCCGACCAAGACCUCCACCAAUGGAUUACCAGGGAGGUUACGGAGGGUAUGGCCCAGAUGAUGGCACAUACGACCAAUAUGGAGAUCAAGGUUAUUGGCUUGGACCUGGGGACGGCUUUCAGCGUGGUCCAGCUAACUGGGGCAAUGAGCCUGCUGGACCACCACCACCACCACAACAAAAGCCUGAAAACCCACAGCUGGAUAAACUUAAGGGAGAGUUGAUGGAUCAGCUGGGUAAGUUGGCCUCUGGGGAUAUGACCGACCCAGAUACUCUGUCUCGUCUCGCUGAGAAGGUAAGGGAAGUACAUACUGGAGAUAAACCAGCAAAGAAACCUCCGCAGACUGAGCCCAAACCAUUCGGGUUUGGGAACCAGCCUUUUAAGGAUAACUCAGUCCAACCAAAGCCUACUGCACCCCCUCCUCCCCCACCCAGCAACUAUGGUACUCAGAGCUCUGCAAAUGCCCCAGCCAGCUAUACAACUUCUACAGGUGCCUACAACACUCCCACAGCCCCUGCUAGUAAUAACAGCGUCUGGAGCACAGGUGGUUACCAGCAACAAGCUAACGCAGGUGGCUACCAGCAGCAAGCCUCCACAGGUGGGUUCCAGCAGCAAGCUACCACAGGCGGCUACCAGCAGGCCACCAGUAAUACAACUAGUACAACAGGGAACCAGUCCACCACGGAUUCCAUGUACAACAACUGGUUCCAGGGAGGGAACAGUGCUUACCAGACUGGUUACUAUCAGCAGACAGCAGGAGACAACCAGUACCAGACGGGCACAUCUCAGGGUGUGUACUCAACACCAGGGACUGCAGCAGCAUCAACAACAGCAGCUGCAACCAAUAGCCAGAGUCAGUACCAGUGGGGAACAGACCAGUCACAGUAUGACUGGUCAACCGGUCAGUCUCAGUAUUCGGGAACGGACACCAGUAAUCAAUCAGGAUACAACUACCAACAACCCAAUGCCUCUGAUACUGUUGGUCAGUCAUGGGCUUACACAAGCUAUCAACAAGCUUCAGGGGGGUACGGUCAGCCGGCAGCAUAUCAAACUGGCACAGGUAACCAGAGCAGCACAGCUAGUGGAUCAGCCCCAACAUACCAGACACCUAGCCCUGCCUCAGGCCCUGGCAGACCAGGUUUUGAAAAGGUUUAUAGACAACUUUGUGUGAAAAAUCUCCCUGAGUCCCUGGGUUCAAUGGAAAUUAAGGCAUUCUUUGAUGACAUGAUGGUGAAGAAUGGUCUAACAGACACGAAGCCUACUGUGGCAUCAGUCUCUGUGGGCCCAAAGGUUACAUUCAUUGAGUUUCUGACAGAUGAUUUUGCUACCAAGGCUCUGACACUGAAUGGUAUUUUCUGCCUUCACAAAACUCUGAAGAUAGAGAGGACAAACAGGUACAAAAGUCUUACCGGAUGAGGAUAAGACAAUGUCAAUGAUAACAUUGAUAAUACCCAUAUGAUGUCAGAAUUAAUCAUCAGUUUGUCUCUCUUGUAUUUUCAAAGUGUGAAUUGUACAGACUGGAUCCAAACUAGUUGUCAGUUGCUGAAAAUACCACAUGAAAAACUGAGGAUAUUUAAGAUUUUUUAACCAUUUGCGUAGAACAUUUUGAGACCCUUCUCAUUUUUGUUGGCUCCAGUUGGUACAUUAGUUCCCAAUCACUAUAAAACUUUCUUUCAGUUACAUUUCUAAUACUGUAUUUCACUCCACCAACUCAGUUUUUAAAAGAGCUGAUGCAAACUGAGUACAUAUUUAUUUUAAUGUUUAACUUGCAUGAUGAAGCAGCAGACUAAAUACUACCUGUGUUAAUGUCGAACAUACGAAUUCUUUAUCAGCUGAUGAUUUAUGUGUGCCAAUUUGAGAUAGUUUUGAUGUCUAAUUCCAUAGUGUACAUGUAGAAGCAUAUUAUUGAUGUCUUUUAUGCACGUGAUGAAAUGUGGAUUUCCACAAUAACAGACUUCAGUGCCUGGCUGAAUCAUAGUUUAUUCCAACACAAUGCCACUUAAUUUUUGAAGAAAAAAUAGUAUACUAUUUUGUUGACUUAAUUGGUGAGAGAAUGGCAUUGAUUCAACGUCUCUUGCACCUGCUCAAUUUAAUUGGCAUUGUAAAUGUAGGCGACUCUAUGGAGAUGUAAUAGACUAUGUUUUGUACAAGUAGUAAUAUGUCUUGUCUGCAAUCAUCACCUACUGUUUUAAUUUCAUUUUUAUUCAUUUGUUUUGUUGUCAUACUAUCAUGCAAUGUUCUGAUUUCGUCAAGUUGUUAAAGUUUGUGGUGUACAGAUAUUGUUAUAUGUAGUUGUACAGUUUAUCUGUAUCUGGAAUAGCUUCAACACUUAAAGGUUUUCAGUUUCCUUGUAUUUCUUUAUACCUUUUAUACUACUGGGUUUGACUUUUGUGCACUUUGACGAGAAUCCGGGCAGGAGCAGAACUUAUGCAUGGCUGUUCAGAAGCCUGACACUGGCAAUAUAAGGUGUCACUGAAUAAUUCUAUGUUUUAUGUGACAUCCUUUUUUUUGCUUGUUGAUUCUUAAUUUUUUUUUUUUUGAUCUAUGGAAGUAUUAACUGCCGAUGGAUUCCAAGUCAAAAGUCAAGCCCUAUACUAAAACAUGUCAUUGUGUCUAGUUUCAACGCUGACAGCUUGUCAUGGAUCAUUGUAAUAUUUUUCAUUUAUUGCACUCAUUACAUUUUUGUCUGAUACUGCAUUCCAUGAGUUCGCUGUUAUAAUUAGGGAAAAAAUUACUGGUAAAGAUACUGCUACAAAUGUGAAAGAUUCUCUACUUGUUUAUUGUAGAGAUUAUGGAUGAAAAUUAUUGUCAUAACUGAGCUGGAUUUGUGUGUAAUUAUACUUCAAAAGAUAAUCAAGAUGGACUUGCUUUGUCCGUGGGUCUUUUUGGUGUGAGGUUUAAAUAAAUUGCAUUAUUCAGUCUUGUGACAUGUCCUACAAAUCUGCCCUUUCAUUUGUUCCAUGUAUCAUUGUUCCUGGUUACCUUAAUGAUGUGUAUAAUCGGUUUGAUGUUUUAUCCAUACUCAGUGUCAUAUUAAACGUUGGAGUCCCUUGUUUGGUGACCAUGAAAAGCACACCUUUGUGUGAGUCGUGUGAAAAAUGUAAAUAUCAUGAAGAAUCUAGACUAUGAAUUACCUGUCAUGAACUUUUUCACAUCACUGUUUUCUCAGACCACACAACUUGUUCAUAUAUCUGAAAUAAACAAAUAUAU